AUGAAUAUUGUAUGGAGCACACAGACUGAAGCUUACGUCGACUGCCCGAUCGUGGCUGAUGCUUCGGGGUUAUUACCGAGUGUACAGCAAACAGGUUCGGGGUUAUUACCGAGUGUACAGCAAACAGGUUCGGGGUUAUUACCGAGUCAAACAGGUCCGGGGUUAAUAUCGACUAUACAGCAAACAGGUUCGGGGUUAUAUCUUAGUGUACAGUGA